AUGAAUCUCAUUGCUUCUCCUAGCCGUAGCAGUGGCCUUGAAAAGGACGGCGAUACACUGAAGGACUUCAAAGUUCAAGAAGACUACCGCGAAUUCAUUCAAGGGAAGCUAGACAAUUAUCUCAAGGAUUACCCCUUCGAGGGAGAUGAUUCCUCAAAGGCCAUCGAGGAAGACCGAAAGCGUGAAGUGCAGCAGAACCUACUGAUUCUAUUUCGUAAACUCAGGGAGGGCAUAUCGUCGUCGGCCAGGAAAGAUGAUUUUGCCCUUGAAGUGUACGAGACUUCUCUCGUCCUGGCCAUCCUGUUCAGCACGCCGCUUCAGGCGACGACAACUCUCUCAUAUCUCCUUCCUGGCUUGUACUACACGUCUUCGUCCGAGACGCUCAAGCAAAGCGGACGGCUGUUAGUUACGCUGAUUUCCCUCCUUCACCAUAUGGUCGCGGCGCACCCUUCCCAAAGGACAUUUCACCAGCACCUGAGCUCUAUACCACCUGCAUUCUUGCCACGCGGAUCAGACUCGUACAGAUGGAUAACGUCCGUUGCCUCAUCAAUCAGGACGAACAACUACGCGAGGUUCGAGAUACUGACUCGCUCGAGACCGGAAGACGCAUCCACGCCUUCUCCCGAACCAGAGACACAAUCGUCCGUCCGGCAGUUGGACCUCGGACUGGCGGACAGGGCUAUCGUCACUCUGUUGGACUCCUUGCGAGUCAAAGCGCGCGCAAGGACGUGGCUCAUCCUGCGUACAGCCUACCGAGAACUCUGGUGCGAACCCGGUUACGACACCUCUCAAUGGCUGGAGAGGACGCUGGCGCUGAGGUCGGUGCGACACCCCGGGGGUGACGCCGCAGACGCUUGUGCGUGGCUGGAAGACAGAGAAAAGGAGGGGGACGCUAGAAAGAAAGAUGGUACCGACAUCGGAUGGGUUUUGGUCAAACCCAAGCAGUAA